AUUUGCCCACGUGGCCAACCAGGGACAACCCUUCCUUUGAUUGGUCCGGAAGCAGAGGCGUGGGGGGCGGAGCCAAAGGGAGGCCGAACCCUCCUGGGAGGGAUGGUUUUCUCGGCAGGCGGGCUUCCUUUUGCCGUAGCAGUGCAGACGUCUUCCCUGGCAUCAGACAGUAUUCUUCUUUCUUGGAGAACACAUUGGAUGAGAAGAGAGGCAAGAUGAAUAGACUUGGAAUAUCAGAGCUGGAAGAAAUCUUAAGUAUUAUCUAGUCCAACCCUCCAUUUUUACAAAUGAAGAAACAGAAGCCCAGAGGGAAAAAUACUUUGCAUUUUGGGUGCUGACUCUCUGGUUAAAGAGACAAGACAAACCCACCUACAAAAAGUUUAUUUUUCACCUACGAAAAAGAUAUUCUCUCAAGAUUUGGAUUAUGACAUAAGAAACGUCUCUGGCAGUUGGAACAUACUCUGUGAGAAAAGAAGAUGGAAGUAGAUUUGUCCAGCUUCAACAUUGAUACUCCUCGAUGGGACCAGAGUACCUUCUUGGGUCGAUUGAAGCAUUUCUUCAACAUCACAGACCCUCGGACAGCUCUUGUUUCAGAGCAGACACUGGACUGGGCCAAGAUGAUGGUUGAAAGUAGCCGGCACGGUACAGUACCCCCAGGUACCAACCAAGAGCAACUGCUAUAUGCCAAGAAGCUCUACGACUCAGCCUUCCACCCAGACACUGGGGAAAAGAUGAACGUGAUUGGACGAAUGUCAUUUCAGGUGCCAGGAGGCAUGGCUAUCACAGGCUUUAUGCUCCAAUUCUACAGGACAGUGCCGGCGGUGGUUUUCUGGCAGUGGGUCAACCAGUCCUUCAAUGCCUUGGUCAACUACACCAACCGGAAUGCAGCAUCCCCCAUAUCCGUCAGGCAGAUGGUUGUGUCCUAUUUCACAGCGACAUCCACAGCCCUGGCCACUGCCCUGGGGCUUAACAUGUAUGCCAAGAAAGCCCCACCUUUGGUGGCCCGAUGGGUACCCUUUGCUGCUGUUGCUGCUGCUAACUGUGUCAACAUCCCUAUGAUGAGGCAACAGGAGCUCAUCCACGGCAUCAGUGUGACUGACAGGAACUCCCGGGAGUUGGGUCACUCACGGAAAGCUGCAGUCAUUGGCAUCUCCCAGGUGGUCAUUUCCCGAAUUACCAUGGCAGCUCCUGGGAUGAUAUUACUUCCCAUCCUCAUGGAAAGGCUGGAAAAGUUGGCCUUCAUGAAGAAAAUUCAGUUCCUACAUGCCCCUCUGCAGGUGAUGCUGGCUGGGGGCUUUCUGGUCUUCAUGGUACCUGUGGCUUGUGCCAUCUUUCCACAGAGAUGUGAGUUGGCGAUCUCAUGUCUGGAACCUGAGCUCCAAGACUCCAUCAAAGCUAAGCAUGGAGACCUCUUAUCUUACGUCUACUUCAACAAAGGACUGUGAAGUACCCUUCCUUCUCUGACUAUUCCAGGCUCUCAGAAUUUACUUUUUCUCCUCCCCGUUCUCAUAUAAAAAAGCCAAGCCUAGGAGACAUAGGAGGUCUUGUGUUCAAAUCUGGCCUCAGACACUUCCAAAUGUGUGAUCUUGGACAAGACACUUAACCCCAAAUACCCAACCUUUACUGUUCUUCUGCCUUGGAAUCAAUACUUGAUUAAGGAUUAAAAAAAUAAUAGUGAGAGAACAGAAGCCAAAAUCUGAGGGACCAUUUGUGAGGGUUCUGCUCUCCCAGGCCCUAUCCCUAAUCUUCAUGCCAAGUUACUUCCUCCUCACCAAAGCGUAUCAUCAGCCUUGACCUAGGGCCUCUGGUCCCCAGUAGAGAAAGAAUCUUCUGAGGUAUGGGCAGAGUGGAUUAAGAGAGUUCCCUGAGGUUGUUUUCAAGAAUAUGAAGGUUGGUACUUUGGAAUUCUGGGUCCUAGACAGAAUCAUAGCCCAAGGUCUUGAGUAAACAUUUACUUGACUAAGAGGGAGUAGUGGAGAAAUCUCCCAAUUAAGCCUUCUUAGUUAUAACUACAGAUAUCCUGAGAAAUUUUGGGGUGUCUUUUCCUCACCUCUGACACUGAAUGUGACCCUAGGAGAGUCAUUUAACUUCUCCCCUGGCUUCCAUUUCCUUUUUUGUAAAAUGAGGAUAAUUAUACUCAAGGUAUCUACCUCACAGGGUUGUGAGGAUCAAAUGAGAUAAGGUUUACAAAGUGCUUUGAAAGCCUUAAAGCGUACCAUAAAUGUUAGAUUACUGUUACUGUUUCCAUUUCUAUCACCACGAUCACUUUGUCUUAAAUCUUCGAGGAAUCAUCUGGCCAAAUCCUGUGCCAAUGUCUGGCUGCCAAAUUUUUGCCUGCUGAGAUCUCCAAAAAAUUCAGGUGCUGAGGCUGGACUUCCAUGGCUGGGGAUUAGUGACUGAGGCCACUGACUUGGACCUAUAGGCAGACUGAUUGUUUACAAUAGACUGUAGCUGUGAGCCAUCUCUUGGGCAUUUUAUUGCUGUUUGAGGAGGAAACUUACCUGAUUAUUCUUUUUAAAAAUCCAAUUCAUCAAGAGAGUGUAUUUGGGUAGCUUUCAACUGAAACUUUCUGACAAGAGUAUGCUGAUGUCAUUUAUUUGUCCUAUGCCUCCCUGGCCCCUGCCAGAAAAAAUGGUUCUGAGUAGGAAAUGGAAGAAUGAUUUUGAUACAAAAAAAAAGACCCAUCACCAAAGGGCUGAUCUUCUUCCCUGCCCCAAUGUUCCCACAAAUGCUGAACUGCCCUUUGUAGUUUUGGGGUCAUCUUAGUCCUCUGGAGUUCAAGCAAGCAAGAGUUUUUGUCUCUUUUCCUGACUCGAGAGGAUCUCACUGUGAAUUGAAUAAAUCUUUUAAAAGACUUUUAAGUCUUAUCAAUAAAAGACUGAAAUAUAUCUUUUUUAAUUUAAAUUUUAUUUUUGUGUUCAGUUCCACAUUCUCUUCUUCCAACUCCCAUUAAUAAAGUAAGAAAUACAAUACCCAUUAUACAUAUAUAUAUAUAUUUUUUUUUUCCCACAUAAGCCAUGUUAUGAAAGGGAAAAAAAGAAGAAAGAAAAAUAAAGAGAACUGCAUAUCAGUUCUCUGUCUGAAAGUGGACAACAGCUUUGGAGUUGUGGUGGAUCAUUGAAUUGAUCGUUAUUAAGUCUUUCAGAGUCAAUCUUUAUUACAAUAUUGCUGAUACUAUGUAGAUUGUUCUGGUUUUGCUCACUUACCUUUGCAUCACUUUCUAGGUUUUUCUGAAAACAUUCCUUUCAUCAGUUCUCAUAGCACAAUUGUAUUCCAUCACAUUCAUAUGCCAUUAUUUGUUUAACCAUCUUCCAAUUGAUGGGCAUUUCUUCAGUUUCCAAUUCUUUGUUACCACAAAAAGAGCUGCUAGAAAUAUUUUUGUAUAUGGAGUGCUUUCCCUUUUUAAAAAAAUCUCUUUGGGGUAUAGUCCUAGUAGAGGUAUUGCUGAGUUUAAAGGGAAUGCAUAGUUUUAUAGCGCUUUGAGCAUAAAUCCAGAUUGUUCUCCAGAAUAUUUACAGUUCACAGUCCACCAAUAAUGUACUAGUAUCCAUAUUUUCCCACAUCCCCAUCCAUUUGUCAUUUUCCUUUUCUGUAAUCUUCUGUAAACUAAUAUGCUAGGUGUGAGGUGAUACUUCAGAACUGUUUUACUUUGCAUUUCUUUCAUUAUUAGUAUUUUCAAACACUUUUGCAAUAUUUUUUUCUUAUUGCUCAAGCUAGCAUUUCUAGUACAAUAUUAAAUAAUAGUUGUGAUAAUGGA